AUGGCGAUAACACAUGCCGCCCUGGAUGACGAGUCCCUGACCGACGGCGAAGACCUCCAUCUACUCCUUGUUGAUGAAUUGGAGGAAGAUGACACAUCCUGGGAAGAGGACUUCUCCUCUUCCUCGGAAGAAGAAGCUGAUUCCUCCUCCACCGAGGAGGAUUCAGAAGCAGGAAACUUCCUCCUUGCCGGAUCAUUGGAAGAUGAUGACGACGACGACGACGAAGAAGCCGAAGACAACAGCGGCUUCACCAGCAGUAGCAGUGGAGACGACGGUAGCGACAUCGCCGGCAGCGGCGGCGAUAGCGACGUCAGCACGGCUCCACCAACCAAGCGCCGCAAGACCUCCAGCGUCUACUGGUGGUAG